AUGUUUGCAAUGGAUGAUGUUCGGUCAAAGAUGAUUUCCAGUUAUACCGAUAUAACACAUGAAUCUCGAUCAGAAUUAACAGAUCCAUUAUCAAUAUUACUUGAAGCUCGAUUUGAACCAUGUCAAGUAUGUGGUGAACAAUCAUCUGGUCUUCAUUGUGGAGCAAUUACUUGUGAAGCAUGCAAAAAAUUUUUUUUACGAUCAAUUAAUGGUGAAGAUCAAAAAUAUAAAUGUGUUAGAAAUAAAGAUUGUAUUAUAACAAGAAAUAAUCGAACACAAUGUCAAUAUUGUCGAUUUCAAAAAUGUAAAAUUAUUGGCAUGACUGUUAAAGAAGGUACAGAAAUACAACAAACACCACGAGUAGCUGAUAUAUUUGCUCAAAUUUCUUGUUAUGUUUGUCAAGCACCAUCAAGUGGUAUCCAUUUUGGUGCUAUUACUUGCGAAGGAUGUAAAGGUUUUUUUCGAAGAAGUAUUAAAGAAAGAGCACCAAGUCGUUAUAAAUGUAUGGAUAAUGGUACAUGUGAAAUUAACGUUGCAACAAGAAAUGCUUGUCGUUAUUGUCGAUUUCAACGAUGUAUUAAAGUAGGCAUGUCUGUUGAAGGAAGUCGAAUUGGACGUCAAAGUAAUUUAUUUAAACAUCAUAUGCGUAUGAUGCUUCAAAGAAAUGGUCAAAUACCAAAUGCAACAAUGCUUCAUCAAAUGGUUCAUUCAACAUCAUCAUCUUCACGAAAUAAAGCAUCAAAUAGAAAACGAACAAUAAGUGAAUCAAGUAGUUCUGAAAGUGAAUUAACACAAUCUACAUCAACUAUGAUUGAUUUCGAAGAUCAAUUAGAUCAUCAAAGUAAAGAAUUAAUUUCCAAUGUUCACAAAGCUUUUAAAGAAACACUUGAUAAUUUACCAAUAUGUCAAGAUACUGGUAAUCCUUGGUUAUCAUCUAUGAAUCAAUUUAAAAAUUAUGCUAAUCGUUCUGUAAAAUUUGCAACACGUAUACCUGGUUUUAUGAAUUUUCAUAAUGUUAAUGAUCAAAUACAAUUAAUAAAAUCUUCUAUACAUAGUAUUAUUAUAUUAUGUUUACAACGUUUAAAUAAUUCUUUUAUAUGGAAUUAUUUUAAUAUUAUUGAUCAAAAAUUAUAUGAACAAUUUCAACAAAUAUUUCCAUUUAUUGAAUGUAUACGUAAUGAUGGUGAAAAAAUUCAAACAUAUAUUUAUUCAUUAAAAUUAGAUGAAAAAGAAUUUUCAUUAUUACUUUCAUUACUUAUUAUAUCAACAAGUAAUAUUCAUCUAAAUGAUUUUUUAUUAAUUGAUUCAACACAAACAGAAUUAACAUGUGCAUUAUGUGAUUAUAUGGAUAGUAAACGUGGUACGAAAAGUCGAGAUUUUUAUACAUUAAUGUUAUUAUUACCAUCAUUAAGAAAAUUAAAUGCAAUCAUACAAGAUCAUAUUAGAAAUGAAGUACCAAAAAAUAUUGAAUUUCCAGCAUUUUUUUCAAGAGUUUAUCUUAAUGAACAAGAUAUUAAUUAUCAACAAAAUUAUGAUGGAACAAUUGAAAAUCAACAAACAGAAUUUUAG